AUGGGCACCCCUCGGGGCACGACGGCGAGCCCCCCCGGGGACAAGGCGAGCCCCCCCUGGGGCACGACGGUGAGCCCCCCCCGGGGCACGACGGCGAGCCCCGCGCAGGGCCCGGCGAGCCCCCCCCGGGGCCCGGCGGGCAGACCGGCAACGGGGCGCCCCAGCCCCACGCCGCCCGCAGCCGCCGGCCCCGAGGGGACGGCCCGGCCGCGGCAGGAGGGGGACCCGGGGGCGAAAGCGCCGGUGCCCCGGAAAAAGAUCGUGCGGGUUAAAGUCAUCAAGAAGAAGGUCUUGAGGAAGAAGCCCAAGGCCGCGGCCAGGGGAGCGGCGGCCCCGCCGGAGCCAGGGUGUCCCCCGCUGGGGCUGGAGUCCCUGCGCGUCCUGGAUUCCCAGCUCCGGUCCUCCAGCGACAAGCGCUACGGCCUGGGCGCCCACCGCGGGCGGCUCAACAUCCAGUCGGGGCUCUACGACGGGGACUUCUACGACGGCGGCUGGUGCGCGGGGCGCGAAGAUGGGGAGCAGUGGCUGGAGAUCGACGCCCGGCGCCUCACCAAUUUCACCGGCGUCAUCACGCAGGGCCUCAACUCCAUCUGGACGUACGACUGGGUGACGUCCUACAAGGUGCAGGUCAGCAACGACAGCCGCGCCUGGCAGCCGUGCCGCAACGGGAGCCAGGAGGCGGUAUUCCCGGGAAACAGAGACCCCGAGACGCCGGUGCUCAACCUGCUGCCGGUGCCGGUGGUGGGGCGCUACCUCCGCAUCAACCCCCAGAGCUGGUUCCCGAACGGCACCAUCUGCCUCCGCGCCGAGAUCCUGGGCUGCCCGCUGCCCGAUCCCACCAACAUCUACUACCUGCCCAGCGACCCCCAGCCCACGGAUAAGCUGGAUUUCCGGCAUCACAACUACGACGAGAUGAGGAAGCUGAUGCGGCGGGUGGCCGAGGAGUGCCCCAGCAUCACCCGCGUCUACAGCAUCGGCCGCAGCUACCUGGGCCUCAAGAUGUACGUCAUGGAGAUCUCCGACCACCCCGGGCGCCACGAAGUGGGCGAGCCCGAGUUCCGCUACGUGGCGGGGAUGCACGGCAACGAGGUGCUGGGCCGGGAGCUGCUCCUCAACCUCAUGGAGUACCUGUGCCGGGAGUACCGGCGGGGCAACCCGCGCGUGGUGCGCCUCGUCACCGAGACCCGCAUCCACCUGCUGCCCUCCAUGAACCCCGACGGCUACGAGACCGCCUACAAGCUGGGCUCGGAGCUGGCCGGCUGGGCCAUGGGGCGCUGGACCUACGAGGGCAUCGACCUCAACCACAACUUCGCCGACCUCAACACGGCGCUGUGGGAUGCUGAGGACAACGACCUGGUGCCCGACCAGUUCCCCAACCACUACAUCCCCAUCCCUGAGUACUACACCUUCGCCAACGCCACGGUGGCCCCCGAGACGCGCGCCGUGAUCGACUGGAUGCAGCGGUACCCCUUCGUGCUGAGCGCCAACCUGCACGGCGGCGAGCUGGUGGUCACCUACCCCUUCGACAUGACGCGCACCUACUGGAAGGCGCAGGAGCUGACGCCCACCGCCGACGACGGCGUCUUCCGCUGGCUGGCCACCGUCUACGCCACCUCCAACCUGGCCAUGGCCACCGAGGAGCGGCGCCUCUGCCACUACGACGACUUCGCCCGCUCCGGCAACAUCAUCAACGGCGCCAACUGGCACACGGUGCCCGGCAGCAUGAACGACUUCAGCUACCUGCACACCAACUGCUUCGAGAUCACGGUGGAGCUGUCGUGCGACAAGUUCCCGCACGCCUCCGAGCUGCCCGGCGAGUGGGAGAACAACCGCGAGUCCCUGCUGCUCUACAUGGAGCAGGUGCACCGCGGCAUCAAGGGGGUGGUCCGCGACGCCGACACGGACCGGGGCAUCGCCGACGCCAUCAUCUCGGUGGACGGCAUCAACCACGACGUGCGGACGGCCUUCGACGGCGACUACUGGCGGCUGCUGAACCCGGGCGAGUACGAGGUGACGGCGCGGGCGGCGGGCUACGAGGCGGCGCGGCGGCCGUGCCGCGUCUCCUUCGAGAACGUGCCCACGCCCUGCAGCUUCCGCCUGGCCAAGACGGCGCGGCAGCGGCUGCGCGAGCUGCGCGCCCGCGGCGCCCGCCCGCCGCCCGACCGCCCGCUGCGCCUGCGCCGCCUCCGCCUGCGCCGCCUGCGCGCCCACCGCCGCCGCCCGCCCUGA